AUGAGUGACUCAAUAGACCAAUUUAAUUAGUAAUCCUGCUUUUAAGAGGAUAAUUUUCAAGGGCCCAAUUUAAUGAUGGUUUCUGAAAGAAUUUUAUUAGGUGAUGGAGAUCUCUAUUAAAAAUCACCAGAUAGUAACUCAUACACUAUUCGUGAUCCAUCAAAAAUAUAAGAUCUUAGCAAAGAAUUGGUCGAAGCUGUUCCAAUAGAUAUGCGCAAAUCAUAGAAGGGAUUGAGAAAGUCAGAAUAUUAAUCAGCUUAUGCGAUUGAGGAGGAAUUGGAAAUUAGUGGUAAACCUCAAUUUUUAAAACUAAUCAUCUCUAAAAGUCUACAAAAUAACUUCAUCAAUAAUUUAUGGAAUAGAAGUUAUUUAAGAAAAUUACAUCAGCUAACACCUUUUUAAGUUGAAGCAUUAGACGAUUUAUAAUUUGAAAAUGAAAUUUUCUAGGAGGGAGAUGAUAAUAAAAAGGAAAUCAAUAUUUGGGAAAUAAUUAAAAAGUUCUUUAUCUAAUUAGACGUGUUCACACCAUAUAGCAAAUUCAUUUUUAUUUGGGAUUUGUUUUAGAUCUUCACUUAUGUGUUGAUAUUUUUUUGGUUGCCUUACAAGAUUUCAUUUUAAUUGGAUUCCUUAGGAUAAUUAUUAAACUACAAACCGAACAAUCAAAUGAUAGAGAUUAUUUUAUUGACCAUAUUAAGUUUUGAUGUCGUAGUUGGGUUGAAUUUAGCCUUUAUUCAUAAGGGGAUUAUAAUAACGGACAGAAAGAGAAUCAUAAUUAAUUAUUUUAAGCAAUAUGCAUUUGUAGACCUUGUUUCAAUAAGUACUGUGACAAUUCAAUUCUUCAUAUUAAAUGACAGCUAGCAAGAUCAUAAUAUCGACAAUGACUUGACUUUACAAAUAAUAUUUUGUGUCAUAUUUUAUAUAUUAAGAAUGACAAAAAUAAAUAAGAUAUUAGCAUAAAUACAAGAAUUUUUCAAUUUAAAUGGAUCCUUGAAUGACUUAGUUGGAUUGCUAAAAUUGACGAUGAUAAUUUUAUUCAUUGCUCAUAUAUGUGCUUGUGUUUGGCAUGGAGUAGCCUUCUAUAAUGAUUCUUAUUCUUGGUUAGAUGCUUAUAAUUUGAGAGAUUCAGGAAAUGCAUCAAAGUACAAUAGAGCAAUAUACUGGGCUACAAUGACAAUGACGACAGUUGGAUAUGGAGAUAUAACUGCAAAAAACAAUGUAGAAUUAUUGAUUAAUAAUCUGACGAUGUUUAUAGCCUCAAUAGUUUUUGCUUAUUCAGUAAAUAGUAUAGGAAUAUUUGUGUCAAAUAUGUAUAAAGGAACUAUGGAAUACAGUAGAAGUGUUACUCUAAUUAAUACUUUUAUGUCUAAAAAUAAGAUUUAAUUUUAGCUUCAGACAAGAAUUAGGAGUUAUUUGGAAUAUAUUUGGUAGGAGGAACAAAAUAUGAAUGAUGAUGAAGUUUCUUAAAUCAUUUGUAAAUUAAGCAGUCAUUUAUAAGAUGAACUCUAAUUUUAAUUAAGAGGAAAUAUACUCAGGAAUUGUAAAGUUAUGGUCAAGAUAUUUUCUGAAAAAAUGAUCAAAUGUUUAUUAGGAUAAAUGGAAGAAUAGAGUUUUUCACCUGAAGAGAGGAUUAUUACUAUCAAUUAAAUUGAUGAUGGUUGUUUGUAUAUAAUUACUAAAGGAGAAAUCGAAUUGAUAUUUGAAGGCAUGAACAGUCUCAAUGAAAGAGUGAAAAGAAACAGUUUGAAAUAUCUAUCUUAAGGUGAUUUCUUUGGUGAACUUUCAUUUUUUACAGGAGAACCGAGAAAAUGCACAGCCAUUUCAAGAGGAUUCACAAAAGUAUUUAAAAUAAGAAGAGAAAACUUUUUGAAGGUGUUGUCUUCAUUUCCUAAUGAUUAUGAAAAGUUUUGUGAAGUGAAACAUUAAUUGAAAUAAGGAGAUUUUAAUUCUUUGUAGAUUUAAUGUUAUAGUUGUCAAAGUACUUCUCAUUUAAUUGAUUCUUGCAAUUAUCUCCAUUUUUGUGCAGACAAGGAAGCAAUUCUUAAAAAAGAACUUUACCCUCAUCAUUAAUAUCGUUCUCGAUUAGUUAGUAGAGGGGCAAAGGCUUUUAAACACAAGUGGGAUCAAUAUAAAUAUUUAAUCUAAAGAGCUAAAGACUUUUAAACUGAUUUUUAUUAAUAACCAACUGAUAAUGAGAAUGAUGAAAUUGAACAGCCUUCACAAAUUGCCAAUGAUAACUACACUUAUGAAGAUGAAUCUAAAAUGGAGAUUGAUGUACCAUCCACACUUAAUCAAAGAAGUAACUCAAGAUCAUUAAGUAGAGUGAGUUAGAAACCAAAUCAAAUAAUCAUAGAAGAAGAUGAAGAUUAAAAAUUAUAUACGAGAAAGGUAGUUAAUCCAAGGGGAACUUUACAAACAGCUGGAUUUGGAAAUGCAAGCCUAAGGGAAAGCAAAAAGUUUGAUUUAGGGAAGGAUUAUGAAAUUGAAUAAGCCAUUUCUGAAGAAUCUUCAUCAGAGGAAAAAGAUUAAAUUAUCAUUUCCUAAGCUACUUAGAAGCCAAGUUAAGACAGAACUCAAAAACAAAAAAUUACCUUCAUUAGAAAUCAAUCAUCAGAGGACAUAGUGCCUAGACAAGCUUCUCUUCGUUCAAGGACUUUUACUCAAAAUAAAUUAUAAUUAGAUAUCUUGAAAAGAAGCGCAACACCAGAUAAGUUGAGUUCAGAUAUUGAGAUAUCUCCUAAUUACAAUAUUACAAAGAGGUUGGCAGGGAAGAAACAUUCAACGACUAAGACUUUUACAAAACAAGUCUAUGAGGCUACAGAAGGCAAUUAGAAUUUGACUUCUAUGAUGGAUAACUAAACUUACUUAGCGAUUAUACCUCAAAUAUAUUCUCAAUUUGAUAAGAUGUAGAUAUUUACUCAUUUUUUUCCAUUUAGUAAUUACGAUAUUGUAAUCAAAAGAUAUUAGAAAAUCUAGAAGUAUUUCGGUAAGAAAAGAUAGUAUCCUGAGGCUUCGAAGGUGGAAAUUGAGAAAGUUGGGGCAAAAGUUAUAGGGAUUGAAACUAGUUGA